AUGACCGCUUCUGAACUUCCCGCCACUAAAAACCCUAGAAAAUGGAGGUUCACAUGGGAAUCCAAUUCUCACGUCCCGAUUAUCCGAUUAUACCUCUUUAAUCCCAACAUCAAACCCUCCUCUCAAUGCACCCAUCUGAAAGUCGAUGCUUUAUGCGAUAAAUCUUUAAUCAAAGUCACCUGGCUCCAAACAAAUGAAGCAGGGUCGGCGGCGAUGGAGUCUCUAUGGGUUCCGAUUCCUAGGGUCCUCAUUGACGUUGAUUCUCCGAUUAAUUUACGAGCACUGGAUGAUCAUAUUGAACUUAAAUUUGUUCUGAUUCUUCCAGUUGAUCAUCCGAUUGUAUCGUAUUUUGCUUUCGAAGCUAGUGAGGAGAAAGCAUUGGAAGAGGAUGAAUUUCAGCCUCUUCAACUGGAUUCUGAUCUUAAGAAGUUGGCUUCUUGUGGGGAGGUGCACUUUUAUUGCAGAGGUUGCUCUACCAAGUUAACUGGAGCUGUUCGAUUUUUCAAGGAAAUGCCAUCUGUUAAUUGGCGUGAGGCAGCUGACAACUGGUUUGGAACUUGUUGCUGUUCUUUUGGAGGUGUAAGCGAGAAGCUGGUAGCAAAAUAUGCCGACUCAUAUGCUUGUUCAUCGGGUGUGUGCUUAUUGGAUGCUACUUCUGUUGUUAUCUGCAAGGAUGACUUUGUAGGAUAUAAAUUUCCUGAUUCGGUUGAAGGCCAAGAGCAUAAGUCUGUGAAGUUUUCUGGAAAUAAUAGUUUAACAAAAGCUGUCCCUGGUAAUGGAGGUACAGAUGUCUUGAAUGUGGAUCAUGAUAGUCAAAAUGAAGGGAUCCAUAAUUUUGAUAUAAAACCGAAUUGUAGCUACCCUGAGGACGGUGAUUUAACUGCCAGAUUAGGUGCUGAAGGUUCUGAAGAAUUACUUGAUGGUAAUAAUUCGCAUGUUAUGUUUCAAAAGUUGCGGUUGAUUGAAGAUCUUGAAAGAACUUUUGGAUCUUCUUCUGAUGCCAGAAAUAACACCAAGGACCAUGAUAUUGACUGCUGCCAUCUUCAUACAAAUGAGGAGCAGACAUCUAGUACAAGUGAGUUCCAGUCAAACAAUGCUUGUCUUCUUAAUGGUCUUCUUGGGAAUAGCUUUAUGGUCACAUCUCCUUAUCUUUCAAAAGAUAUUAAGUGGAGUGAAGUUUCAUGUCCGCAUUGUUCAUGCCUGCUUGGAGCAUAUCCGCAUGAUAAUGUGGAUGUGCCAUUAAACGGUUUCAACACAGCUGCUCCACUGAAUGACGGAGUUCACAUGUUCAAAUGUUUUAUAUCUACUUGUUUGCCAGUUGGAGGUUCAACCGACUUGUUUAGGAAAUACACGUUAGAGAAGAUGUUCACUAGCCAAUUGUUGGAAAGUGCAAACGAUGAACUCUCGUUCCGAACUGUGGUUAGAAAUCUGCAGACCAGAUCUCCGAUGUUGCAAAUUGUUCUGUUAAAUCCAAAUUCAUGGUGCUCUUUUGGGGACUGUAUGGAUGUGACGGUACCCAUUCCGAAGGUCAAUAUGUAUCCCAUGAUUAAAGUGCUAUUUUCCGACUGCAGCAACAGCAACGAGUCUCAGUUGAGGAAGCUAGAUCAAUGGGUUACUAAGAAUCAAGUCGGCGACGUUUACAUGUUGACGUCAAAAGCGUUAACAGAAUCAUUGGAGCUAGCUAACAGUAUGCUCCCGCCUUCACAUGCAUAUCUUCAGGGUUUGUCUUUGUCUUUCUUGCGGAGGUAAUGAACAAUAACGUUCAAAUUGUAGGACGUGAGAGCUAUAAUUUUGUCGAAGGUAAAUUUAGUAUUCGGAUUAUUAUUGUUAAGUUACCCCAUGGUAGUCCUAGGCGAUUGGGUUUUGAACAUGGAUUGCCGGAGGGAUGUCUGUUGUGAGCAUGUAAUGAUACGCUAACUUGGGAAUGUCAAAGUUAGCAGUGUUAUUGUAUUCAUUAGAAA